AUGGUGAGGCUAGAUAGAGCAGGAACGAACAAGAGCUUAGAGAGUUUAUUGGAGCUGAACAAGGUUAAAACGACGACGACGAAGAAGCAACUGAGGCCGCAGAAGUCUAUUCCCGGGUAUGGCCUGGAGUUCAAUAAUCUGUCGUAUAGUGUGGUGAAGAAGGUGAAGAAAGAUGGAGUUUGGGUAAAGAAAGAAGCCUAUCUUCUUCAUGAUAUAUCUGGUCAAGCAAUGAGAGGCGAAGUUAUGGCGAUCAUGGGACCUAGUGGUGCCGGAAAGUCCACUUUUCUUGAUGCGUUGGCUGGUCGAAUUGCACAAGGCAGCUUGGAAGGAUCAGUCAGAAUUGAUGGAAAACCAGUGACAACAAGUUACAUGAAGAUGGUGUCGUCUUAUGUAAUGCAAGAUGACCAGCUGUUUCCCAUGUUGACUGUUUUUGAGACAUUUAUGUUCGCAGCUGAGGUCAGGCUUCCUCCUUCUAUUUCCAGAGAGGAAAAGAAGAAAAGGGUUUACGAGCUCCUUGAUCAGCUUGGCUUGCAGAGUGCGACACAUACAUAUAUAGGUGAUGAGGGGAACAGAGGAGUAUCAGGAGGAGAACGACGAAGGGUUUCCAUUGGCAUAGACAUAAUCCACAAGCCAUCACUUCUGUUCCUUGAUGAACCAACCUCAGGUCUUGAUUCAACAAGUGCUUAUAGUGUCGUCGAAAAGGUUAAGGAUAUUGCUCGAGGUGGAAGCAUCGUGCUCAUGACCAUUCAUCAGCCCUCCUACAGAAUUCAAAUGCUCCUAGACCGAGUCACUAUCCUUGCAAGGGGAAGAUUGAUAUACAUGGGAGAGCCAAGUGCAGUCACUUCUCAUCUUUCUGGGUUUGGAAGAACAGUACCUGAUGGAGAAAACAGCUUAGAAUAUCUCCUAGAUGUAAUAAAAGAAUUUGAUGAAUCCAACGUUGGACUCGACCCACUUGUUCAAUACAAUCUUGACGGCCUGAAGCCUGACCAAGCUGCCAAGACACCAUGGAAGACACCAAGAACAAUUUAUAAAAAGAUCAGCAACACACCCGCAUCAAAGCACAUGAUUAGCCUGAAAAGCCAGGGCUUCAAAGCUGGAACAACACAGCCUGCAGAUUCUGCACAAUUUAGCUAUAACAUUCAUGGUGAUCAUGAAGAUGAUGUCGAUGAUGAGGACUUUGAUAACUCUCUUGAAAGGAAAAGUGUUCACACCCCUAGGACUUGUAAUACCAUGACCAGCGGUGUCUAUCCUCGUUUGGCUUCUCAGUUUUAUAAGGAUUUCUCUGCCAAAGAUUUCUCUGUUUGGCUUUACCAUGGUGUGAUAGGAACCCCUCGCCGCCCAUCCUGGACUCCGGCUAGAACACCGGGUUGGACGCCGGCGAAAACUCCUAUGUCCGGACUAGGAAGCACUGUUUUGAUGAACCAGUUUUCAGCAUCAUACGAGGAGCCUUAUCAUCAUCCCAAAACACCAUCUAUGGUUAGUCAAUCGUUUGCCUUGGACUCCUGCGUAAGUUCCUAUGAGGAGUUUGACAUUGAAGUUCUUGAUGAGCCAAACGUUGGGCCAAAGUACGCUAAUCCAUGGCUUCGUGAGGUCGCAGUGCUUUCAUGGCGAACUGCCCUGAACGUGAUUCGAACCCCAGAACUGUUCCUUUCUCGUGAGAUUGUUCUAACUGUAAUGGCUCUCGUCCUCUCCACCAUCUUCAAGAACCUAAGUCACCCCACCUUCAAAGAGAUCAACAGGAUUCUCAACUUCUACAUUUUCUCGGUGUGCCUCGUCUUCUUCUCCUCCAACGACGCCGUUCCAUCGUUCAUCCUCGAGAGAUUCAUCUUCAUCAGGGAAACCUCCCAUAAUGCUUAUCGUGCUUCUUCAUACGUGAUCUCUUCACUGAUUGUUUAUCUCCCAUUCUUCGCAAUCCAAGGCCUCACAUUCGCUCUCAUAACCAAAUUCAUGCUUCGCCUCAAAAGCAGUCUUUUCUAUUUCUGGUUGAUUCUUUAUGCUUCUCUCAUCACCACCAAUGCUUACGUCAUGCUAGUCAGUGCUCUUGUUCCCAGUUAUAUCACAGGCUAUGCUGUGGUGAUCGCCACGACGGCAUUAUUCUUUCUGACUUGUGGCUUCUUCCUCAAGAGAACUCAGAUUCCUCCGUACUGGAAAUGGCUUCACUAUAUUUCUGCGAUAAAGUAUCCGUUUGAAGCAUUGUUGACUAAUGAGUUUAAGAAUGAACGGUGCUACACAGGGAGCUUAUCGGAUUUGUCUCCGGGGCCAUUGGGAGAUGUGAAGAAGAGUGAAGGACAUGAUAGGUCGAACUGUCCGAUUGGCUUAAUCGGAGAAGAUGUUUUGGCCACCAUGGAUAUUCAGAUAGAGAAGAUUUGGUUUGAUGUAGCGAUUCUUCUGGCUUGGGGUGUCCUUUACAGGUUCUUCUUCUAUUUGGUUUUGAGAUUUUACUCCAAGAAUGAGAGGAAGUGA